AUAAUUAGAUUAAUUCUCUUCAUCGAUAGCAUUGAAACGAUAUGAAGUUUUCGUGGAAUAUCUUACAAAGUAGGAAGCUGUUUGUAAAAGAAAGCUCUAAUAUAAGGAAGUAUAUAAAACAUUUCAGUAGUUUAUAUCGCUUUCAACCUUGUUAUGUAGUUGGGCUUUGUUCACAAAGUGGGCCCAAGUAUCGCACGUUGGCUACUAGUAACGAGGAAGCCCUAAAAGUAACAGAAAAUAGAGCUUCUACGACAGAGAUUUUGAGUUCUGCUCGAAGAUCACUUACCAGUGCUCUUAAAAAAGCGCUAGAAAAAGACGAUUUGGAGCAAGCUAUAAGGCUCGUUUGUUCAGUACCAGGAAAAGCUACUUUUCAACCAUAUGAACUCGACCUCAUUCCUUAUGAAAGACUAUCCCAAACUCAGUUACAACAACUUGCUACUGUUUAUGAUUAUGUGUUUCAACGAGAGACAUCGGAGGACGCCAGUAUAGAAAGGGCUUUGAACAUUUAUCUUCUGGUUAAAGACCCACAGAAAGCCAUCCGCAUUCUCCAUAUUGCUGGGUCUAGUGCUACACCAGAAAUGGGUCUCAAAGUGUUACAAGUAUGUGCUGCUGCCGAUUCGGUUUCCUCUUUAUUUGAAUGUCUCGAGAAACUGGUAAACUGUGGUGUCAUUCCUGAGGCCGAACAUAUCAAGUUGGUUCUAAGUGUUUUGGAAAAGAAACGUAGAGAGCCUCACAUAAAGAAUUUGUUGGAUAUGGCAGAUCGCUCUGGUGUUUCUAUGGAUACUUCAUUGUACAACGCAUUUAUGUUUUCCUCUUUUCAAGCACGUCGAUAUAGAGAUGUGAUGGAAUUUUUGAGAAAGAUGAAUCGCUUUCAGUUGACUCCCAAUGAGUAUUCUUAUAGUCUCUAUCUAGCGGCGUUAAUUUUCCGUGACAAGUUUCGGCAAGGCUUUGAACAGUUGGGAAAGUGGGAAUCAAGAGGAGUAUUCACAUUAUGUCCGACACUCUUUCUGGUCAUGGGAGAAUUAGCAGUUGCUCCUUUUCGAAUGGAAAGAAUUGUAACUUUUCAUGGCGAUGUUGUAAAAAGUGGUAGGAAAUUGGAUCUUGAAUCUUCCAAUUGUUUGGCAACUUUUGCCAGUUUUCAUGGACAUGUAUAUCAAAGUUUUCGAACUUGGAGACAUCGAAGAGAGAAAUCCUUAGAUUUCGAUACCAAUAGCUUGAAUGCUAUACUUUUAGGAUGCGUAAAGACUAGAAGAUUUGAUUUGGCUCAGAUAGCCUGGGAUAGUUUUAGCCACUAUGAAAUCGAACGAGAUAGUCAUUCAUUUUCAUUAUUCAUCGCUACUAUGUUUAGUUCCCUUUGUUCUGACAAGUUUGUAUUUUCAUUUAGUAAGGAUGCUGCUGCUGACUUUCUUUCAGAUAUUAAGAAAGUGGAGGAGUUUUUGAGGCGUUGUAACAAUAGUCAGGUGACUUUGGAAGAAAACGAAGCCAAGGCUUUGCUGAUUGCUAGUUUUCUCAAUAACAAGGAUAAUCCAGAAAGAUUGCUUCCUUCUCUGAUUGAGAAUACUAGUUUGAAUGCCAAUAUAUUGGAAGACUUUUCUAAAAAGUUGCGGGAAGUAGGAGAUGUGGAUAGCAAUACCUCAAAAGACAUAUUGGCAAAUACUUUUACCAAGACAUUUCCUUAUUUUUCACAAUGUUUUCAUGAUGCUCAAUCGUUAGUGCAUAUGUUUGUUAGUUGAACCAUUUUAUUAAAAUGCCUUUAGACUAU